CAAGGAAGGAAAACAUGGGAAGGCACGGGAAACGAACAAAGGAAAAGGAAAAAUGUGUUCAACAUUGUUAUGACCAGGGAAGCUGGGAGUUCCCUACAGAAGGAUCCUGAUGUUCAUAAAAUUGUCUCCUCAUUUGACGAAGCAGUACAGUUCAGUCUCAGUCCGGAAAACCGGAAACAGUUCGAGGCAGUCUGGGUAAUGGGCGGACAAAAUGUAUUCCAGGAGGCUAUGCAAAGUCCUUUCUGUAAGAGAAUAUAUUUAACAGAAAUACUAGAGGAGUGUCCUGCCGAUACAUUCUUUCCGCAUUUUGAUGAAGAAAAAUAUAACGAGAUCAGUUUAUCAGAGGUGCAUGAAGAAAACGGCGUUAAAUACCAAUUUAAAAUCUACGAAAGAAUAAAGAAAUAACAUACACGUUUCAA